AUGGAGCUAGCCAGCACGCUGAAGACAGUCUUCUUGCGGCAGGCAGACGUGCCGCCAUGGCAAGGGGCUGUGCAGGUAGGUGGCAGAGUUGCCCCACCUACAAGCAGUAGCAGCUGCACAGGCUGCAGGAAAGCCGUCAAGCUUACUGGAGCACUGCAGGUGAUUCCAGCGACGGCAUUGGUUUUGACGCGACGAAGGUGGCGCAGGCAGAAGGACCUGCGAGGCUACCUACAGCUCAAGGCCGUUGCUGAUGUAACCAUCAAGGACCAGUCCCAGCCUGACGACAAGCCCGAAGACUUCUGCAAGAAGGGGAAACGUGUCGAAGUUCUUGCUCCUUCCAAGCGGUGGCGUGAAGCUCAGGUUAUCAAAGUUGGAGGAGGCAUCGCGCGGGUACAUUACAUGGGAUACGAUUCAAUGUUCGAUGAAGAUGUCCCAAUGGAAGAAGGAAGGCUCCGGCCCUUCGGUCAGCUGCGAUCUCAAAAGCUCAGGGACCGACAGGAAGGCUUCGUGCUCCAGUUGGAUGCCGGCCACUGUCCGGGAUGUGGAGUGAAACUUCAGUGCGCCGACCCCACGGCCUUGGGAUAUAUACCACCGGACAAGAUGGUGCGAGAGGAGGACGAAGAUGAGACUGCAAAGCCUCUCAAUGCAGAGGACGAAGUGGCGCUGCUGAUGAAGGAUGAUGGUGCAACGGAGCGAAGUUCCUUCGAGCUGCCCACGAAGUCGGCACAGAGGCAUUUCAAGGUGAUUGCAAACGUUUUCCUGGAUAUUCGCCAGGAACCUGAUGUGAAUGCAGCACGCACUGGAGAGAGCUUGGCGUUUGGCGAGCAGUUCCAAGUGUCGGAAAUCCUGAGAAGUGCUGACUCCCGCACCUACUUUCGCUUAGAAGACGGAAGAGGUUGGGUUUUUGAUCGAGGUGUCGUGCGAGGAGCCAUGACGCAGUUAGUCGCUCCCCUCACAGAUGGGCUUUCGGCGAAGAAGCUUGAAAGGGAGUCGCGACAGAACGUAUGCAUGCGGUGCUGGGGCCUGUGGCAGUACAAUGACUGCGACGACGUCCUCAGACCGGCUUAUGGAGGUGCAGGCAGCCCUUCACGUGCAUCCGAUGAGCUGACAGCAGAAGCUUUUGAGAAGCUGCUAAGCCGGACAUUGGCGCCAGUGACAGAGGCCUGCAUUUUCGCCGUGGUCGACGUCUUUGAUUUCGGCCCAUCUUUCACUUUGUUGGAAUACAUUGCACGCGAGCUUGCAGGCAAGCCAAAGGUGCGUGUGCGUAUUAUUGCCAACAAACUAGACUUGCUUCCGCCGGACACCAGCCGCCCUCGAUUGCGGGGAUGGGUCGCUCGGGAAGCCCAGCGUGCUGGCCACAGCAAAAUCAAGAUCAUGGACGUGUACCCAAUCUCUUGCCACACCGGCGAGGGUGUGAAGGCUGUGUCUCAACUUCUGGAGCAAAACAACACACCUGGCGAGCACUAUGUCGUGGGAGCCGCCAACGCUGGAAAAUCAUCGCUAUUGAACCGCUUGGCUCUCCGAAAGCGUCGUGGAGUGGGCCGCGUAGCUGCUGAGGAUCAGAGAGGCUUCGUUGUCAGCGUGCUCCCCGGGACCACACUCCGCCCGAUCUCAAUGAAGUUCCAGCUGGGCAACACGAAGCUCGUUGAUAUGCCUGGCCUGCUGGUUCCCGGAAGCAUGGCCGAACGCUUAACUCUGGAGGAUCUGAAGAUGAUUACCCCACAAACAAAGGAAGCACUUCGCCUUACAUUUCACAUGGACGAAGGGCGAACACUGCUUCUGGGAGCCCUGGCCCGGAUCGAUUUCCUCAAGGGCAGGCCCUUUCAGUUUACCGUGUUCAUUUCAGAAAGAGUCAAGCUGCAUCGUACCCGCGUUGAAAAGGCAGCACGGAUUUGCAAGCAGUGGGCAGGAAACGAGUUGACACCUCCUGUCGACGCUCGUCGGUACGACAGCUUGCUGCCUUUUGAAUCUCAGCAGUUUACGCUCUCUGGCACAGGAUGGGACGAAGCAUGCGCUGACAUUGUUUUUCCUGGCUUGGGCUGGGUCGCAAUAACUGGUUGCGGCGAAUGCGUGGUCGAAGCACAUGUCCCAGCCGGAGUCCAAGUCACUAUGCGAGAACCCCUGAUGCCCCACGAGGCGCGGUGGACUGGCGUGAAGUACCGUGGCUUCCCAGGAUGGUAUAAAAUCAAUGGUCGAUCGACCAAGGGUUUUGAUGCCGGCCGAGCAGGAAGAGCUCGAGCCAGAAAGUAUAUCAAGGGCCGAUUCUGA